GGCGUCUCUAGGAACCAUCGUCGCUCUGCAGAAUCCAAAAUGGAACCCUAAAACUCAAGGGGUUCUCUCUUUCUUUACUCGGAUUGUUAUUCUCGACUACGAGAGUGCGAAAACGGAAAACCAGAGAAAAAAAUGGAGUCUCGAUCAGAUUGGUUGCCGAGGAAGACGGCGAUCGUCGUGAUGGACGCAAACAGGAACAAAGUGAUCGUGGAUGCUCUAGACUGGGCGCUUAAGCUCGUCGUCCGCCCCAGAGACACGGUGGUGGUGCUCGGAGUUUUCUGCAAAACAGGGAAGAAGAGCUCUUCUUGCUUUCCACUCAACAUGGGAAUUAGCAACCAUGGAAUUUGGGAAAGUUUAGACUUUUCAAUUUCAUCAGUAAUAGCAGAAGUGAAGCCCAGAUUACCUGAAGAAGAGAUUGAGAGGAAAAUGGAGCAAUACCGGGUUAGUGUGCAGCCAUUCUAUAAACAGUGCAAAAGAAAUGAGGUGAAGUUGGAGAUGAAACUUGCAGUAGGACUAAGUCCGGGAAAAAUCACAAUCACAGAGGCUCAGAACUCUAAAACUCGAUGGAUUGUUUUAGACAGAAAUGCAGAUUUUUCAUAUAUGGACAUGUGGGGAUUCAUCAAUAGCACCACCGCCUCCUCUAGAAAGCCUGGUUGGUAUCCAUUGCAAUGGAGAAAUGGUUUUCCUAGGGAAUUUUCUCUUAGUGAAAUUACAGAGAUUACAAACGGUCUUGCUGAUGAGAAUUUAAUGUUAGAAACCGAAAACAAGAAAGUUUAUGAAGGGAUAUUGAAGGAAACACCUGCUUUAGUCAAAACUUGCAUGGAAAAUGAUGAACGACCCAAGUCAAUGCUCAUGAUCCUAUUGCAAGUACACCAUAGGAACAUCAUGAACCAUGUUGGGCACUGCUUCACAGACAUAAGCAGAUUCUUUAUAUUUGAUUUUCCAAUUUUAGGCAAUGAUAACACGGCCAGCAACCUGCCAUGGAAAGCAAGGUGGUAUACUGCUUUGGAAAUAGGUGGAAGCUUAAGGCAUCUUCAUGACAAAUGCCCUGAUGGUCCAAUUGCUCAUCUCUCUGUCUGUUCCUCUCAUGUUGUUUUCCUCCAUGGUUGCUCUGCCAUGCUAAGCAAUUUUCUGAAGGCUAAGCAGCUUAAUGUCAAUGAUGAGGCUCCUUGUCAUAGGAAUUCAACAGUAGGUGCCUUGGUGGUUGAAGAUGCGCAGCUGCAGAUGAAGAUGAGUCCCUUUCAGUUGAUGUACAUGAUUAUGGAAUGUUGCUCGUGGAGCUUAUAACUGGAAACGGUGCUCGCUGUUUUCCAUAUGGAAGAGACAGUCAAACCCUUAUAGAGUGGUCACUGCUGCUUCUGAAAAAUGGUUCACUGACUGAAGUAAUGGAUCCAAGACUAGGAGAUACUAGCGAUACACAAGUGGUUCAUCAUAUGUCUCAAGCUGCUUUGCUCUGUCUGAAUGAUGAUUGUAGUCAUAAAUUUUCCAUAAGUGAGAUAAGAUUUCUACAUCUUGAUUUCCUUCAUUAUCAAAACAAUACCUGGAAUCUUUUUCUCUAAAUUUUAAGCUUAAUAGGUAGUCCCCUAACACCUAUCAUACUUUUCCCCAAGUUUUUUUCUUGCAGUUCGGUAUCACUAUUUCCAACACCACAGUCUAGUGCAAGGUGAUAUCUUUGC